AUGAAACCAAAAGAUAUGACGAAAGUGUUUGGGAUCUUUUUAAGUGAUGUUCUUCACGCAGAUUUUCUAUGUGAUGGUCUGAAAGCCGCUAGUCUUGGAAAAGAUGGGUUUGUCAAGGUCUGGGACGUUGCUCUUGGUGAAUUACACUCAAGUUUUCGUGUUGGUCAAGGUCAUGAGCCUCCUAGUUGUAUGGCUGUUGGCAAAGUGAACGUCAAUCUCUUCUCUGUUGGUGAUUUUAAUGGAGUCAUUUCUGUCUAUGAUAUGAGACAGCCCGAGCCAACUCAUAAAUUUACAGUUCCAUCGACACCAUCAGCACUUCAUCUCGCCUGCGAUGAUAGCAUUGUUGUGUCUGCAGCAGAUCAUUACGUUUAUACUUGGGAAUCAUUCACUGGAAAGCCCUUCCUUCAGGAAAAUCUCGAUGUUUCCGAUAUUUUUACUCAUCCUGGAGGUUAUAUGCAUUACAAACUCAUUACAGGUCUUUCCGUGGUUCAAUGUCCCGAUGUGCAUCGGGAUCCACUUCUCCUAUCCAUUGGAAUGGACAGACUACUUCGUAUCUCCAGUCUAAAGAGUUUCGAAGUAUUUCAUCAGGAGCGCCUUGUUUCUCCUUGCACCGCCAUUGCCACAUUUCCAAAUUUGAAGUACGUCAUCGUUGGUACUGAGAGUGGUCUCGUUCGGACCUUCGCUUUUACCACGCCCUCUCAGCUGUUGGAGCAGGAGAGGGUGAAGAUAAAUAGUGGCAAUGCCGAAAUUGACGAGCCUUUUGCUGUUGUCGACCCCGGAUUGAAAGCCAUGGUUUCCCGAUUCUCUAGCAAGUGGCGUGGCGUAAAUUUCGAAGAGGGGGACAAGGCUCUUACAACUGAAGAGUGGUUUAAACAAUCUGGUGCAGUUGGGACUCGGAUCGCCCCGAAGGAUUGGGGACAUAAGGGAUCUAAAGCACCACUCAUUCAUGAGCACACAAUAAUUUCACGCGUAUCAAAUGCUAGUGGCGGAGGCGAGAGUGUCCGUGAAUCAGCGGAUAUGGGUCGAGUCACCAAAAUGCUGCUACGCUUUCAACACUCGCGGGCAUUGAAUGAAGCGCUUCAAGUCUGUUCACGUGCACGCAUCAUCUCCAAACGCUCGCCAGAAGCCGCUGAAUCAGUUACAAAGGCUCCGCUCGCAGUGUUGGCGGUUGUGCGUGAACUGUCUCGACGUGGCACCCUUCCUGCCGCAGUGGGAGGACAGACAGAGAAGGAGUUAGCGCGUCUUUUACGAUUCAUUUUGCAAAAUAUCUGGCGUCCCUGGGCCACUCCCACCUGCCUAAAUCUUUUUCGAAUUCUCUUGAGUAAGUCAGUCUCGUCUUUUCUACUUAAUGACCGUUAG